GCGGGUCCCGGUCCGUGUGAAAAGAGGCGCAGUGUUUACAUCCAGCGCGAAUCCAAGGAGGCUCAAGAGCACAAGAAACGGCAAGAGCUUACCAUUUGUCCUCCGAGAAAGUGCAAAACCUUCGACAAGAUGAGUCUCAGUCGAGGAAAACCUGAAGAUAUUAAGAAGCUGAUGCAGGAGCAGAUAAAGACGAAGGCGAUAACGAAGCAGGUGGAUUCUCCGUAUGCCAAAUACAAUAGUCGAGGUCAGCUGAUGUGCAUUGUAUGUGGAACUGUAGUGAAAAGUGCCAUCAUCUGGCAGGCACAUGUCAAUAAGCGUUCACAUCUUGAGAAUUUGACAAGACUGAAACAAAAACAACAGCAGUUGAACAGCCAGCAGUCUAGCAGUAAUCACAAGAACAAUGUUCCACAAAAAAGGGCUGCUUCUCCUCCUCCUCAGACUUCCAAUAAAAAGCAGGCAACUUCUGCAGCUGCCAAGCCAAAAGGGAUCUUGAAAAAAAUCAGCACGUACUCAUCAUCAUCAUCAUCAGAGAGUGAAGAGGAGGAAACUAAACCUGCUGAGCAUCCAGUCAAGCAAAUUAAAACUGAAGAUGAUGAGACUAAACCUACAGGAAAUGGGUUACCAGAAGGAUUCUUUGAUGAAGAUCAGCCUCCCGCAAGACCAAAAGACGAUGAAUCCAUGUUUAAAGAAGAACAGUCCAAAUCUAAGGAACCUCCGAAACCAAACACAAGUGAAGUUCUACCUGAAGGAUUCUUUGAUGAUCCUGUUGCAGAUGCUAAGGCACGCAAAGUUGAAUAUAAGGAUAAGGAGGCUGAGGAGUGGAUGUCUUUCAUGAGAGAAGUGUCAGCUGCUGAGCAAGUAAGCCGAACGAUUAUUGAGGAAGACAAAGAGGAGGCAGCGCUAGCAACACAAAUUGAACAGGCCAAUGAGCAGAUUGCUUACCUAGAAAAGGUUGUAGAACUGGAUCAGAAGAAGACCAGCCAAUUACUGGAGAGAGGAAACAAUAAGAGAGAUUCAGACGGUGAAGAAGAUUCCAGUGAUGAAGAAUUUGUGCCUGUAAUAUGGAGAACCAAAAAUUCUCUCAUUUAGUAUUCUGUAGUUGUAUAUUAAUAUUUAUAUUAUAUAUAAUAUAAUUCCCCCCAAACUAUGCCAUAUAAUAGUAAAAUUUCCAUUAUGUAUUGUUCACCUCAGAAUAAUUGGUGCAACAAUUUCUGAUAAUACCCUGUGCUGUAUGUGCUUACAGUAUUAAAACUGUAUCUUUUGCUCUGUAUACUAUGAAAUAUUAUUCUGUACACAUAGAUACACACACAUACAUAGGUACACACACAUAAAUGCGCACACACACACACAGGCGCGCAUGCAAACAUGCACACAUGAACACAUGCACACAUGAACACAUGCACACAUGAACAC